CGCCAGUGCGAAGUUUUCGAGAUUGACUACGUUCCGAAUCGACAACUAUCCAACGCCCGGCGAGACCCUGCAACACCGCCAAAAUGGUCGCCGCAAAGAAGCAUGUCCCCAUCGUGAAGAAGCACACCACCCGCUUCUUCCGCCACCAGUCGGACCGCUUUAUGCGUGUCGGUGCCUCGUGGCGCAAGCCCAAGGGUAUUGAUAACUGCGUCCGUCGCCGUUUCAAGGGUGUUAUUCGCAUGCCCAAGAUCGGUUAUGGCUCCAACAAGAAGACCCGCCACAUGAUGCCCUCCGGCCACAAGGCUUUCCUCGUCCACAACACCAAGGACGUCGAGCUCCUCCUGAUGCACAACCGCACCUACGCUGCUGAGAUCGCCCACGCCGUUUCUUCCCGCAAGCGCGUCGAGAUCCUCGCCAAGGCCAAGGCUCUCGGUGUUAAGGUCACCAACGCCAAGGGCCGUGUCACCACCGAGGCUUAAAUGGAAUGAACCCCAAAAAGUUCUAUAU